GAAUAAAAUUGGCCAUCUCUAGUGAAGACAUCAAAGGAAAAAAUUAUUAUUGCUAAAUCCAAGUGGAAAAAUUAUUCAAUUUCUGUCUUACAAUUUAGCCAAAUAAAUUAAAAUAGCUGAAAAGUAGAGCUACAUUAAACGUCCAGCAGAGAAAAGUGUUAACAACAAGUACUCUCUAAUCGCUGUACAUUCACAAGUGGUCGUCCCUCAACCCUAAAAUGUCUCAAGCUGGAACAGUGGGCACACCAUCAGCUUUAAAUAAUGGUUUCAACAAAGUAUUUAUCCAGCGCGAUUACAGCGAAGGAACGGCAGUCAAAUUCCACACCAGAUUACCUCCAGAGCUGGAGGGUUUGAUCGAAAGACACGUCUUUGAGUCUACCAUCAAUAAACUAAAUGAAUUUUUUGCUGAAGCUGAAAAAGGGUCAUGCAGUACAUAUUGUGAAGGUUGUAUCGGUUGUAUAACUGCCUACUUGGUAUAUAUGUGUUCGGAGACACACUAUGAAAAAACUCUACGAAAAAUAUCCAAAUAUAUUGCUUCCCAAAAUGAACGCAUUUAUCAUCCCAAAGGUUUACAAAUUAUUGAUCCUACCUAUCGUGGUUUGCGAGUAAUAGAAAUUACAAUAUUAGAUCGUCCCGGACGAACGUGACUUCCGCUUUCCCACUCCACCGAAGAGUUUUUCAUGUAACACUCAUCAAACUCAAUUGCAUCGUAUUUUGUAAAUUUUAAGGAACAAACAAAACACAUGGAUUUGCGUGUUUCAAACACAUUUCUUCUGGUGAAUUAUUUAUGGAUUAAUUGAAUGACAACAAUAAGAUGAACAACAGCAAAACGACAUAACAUUUAGCUUUAAUAAUGUGGACAACAUAAAGCUGAGAAAAACAUUUUUUCAAAACAAAACAAAAAAAUCUUACAGAAUUUUGAGAACACUCGAUACUUAAAUUCAUCAUAUUGACAAAGUCAAUAUGCACAUAAUAUAGAAAACAUAAAAUGCCAAGAUUAGCCCCCUCAAUGUUUAGAGAGAACAAAAUUAUACAGACAUUUAUAUAGUAAACCAUUAUAAGUUUAUAAAUAGUUAUAAGCUUAUGGUUAAAUCCAAUAAACUAAGAAGUACGUUUUUCCAAAUUUAAAAAAAAAGAAAUACGCAACUAAAGUUUAAUAAAUUUUACGACUAAUUGUAGAUUUUCCAAAAUCUAUACCACCAUCACGGUGGCAUCUCCAGAGUUAUGUAAGAGUAUCAGUUACCGUUUUUAAUCCAAAUCAUCAUCAUUGAAAAUCAUUCAUCAUCAUUAUUACUGUCAUCGUUUGUUUUUCCAUCUCCUUGCCUCUACAUUUUCCUGCAAUGUUUUAAAAACUUGUUUUUUGUUUUUCUCCUUAAUUUAUUUAUAUUUUUAACAAUUUUCAUAACAUGUAGCUAUAACUGUAGAGAAAAAGAAGAAGAAAAAAAAACAAACAACAAAAAUAAACAAAAAAUAUUCCUUUACGAAACAUUUCAGAUAGUAAGCAAUGUGUACUAAAAAAUAUAGAAUCAAAUAAUAGCAAAAUAUAAUUGUCUAUUAAGUAUUUAUAAAAAGCAAGUGAAUAAAAAAUACAUGUUGAUUAA